AUGAAGCGAUACAUCGUGACCAUCGUGUCCGGCGCCACGUCUGGCGAGCGACCGACUCUGUUGGUGCCAUUCGAGCCGUCCGCUAUCGUGACAGCGUUUGUUGACGAGCUUUUCACACGCGUGGCCCGUCGCGGUCUUCCUCUCGCUCCCAACACACAUCUCGCCACCCUGCACAUUGACUCGGAGAGUGGCGCUCUGAUUGAUGUUGAGGAUGUUCUUGGCGAUGUCGUGACUGCCGAGAGCGAGAAAAUUUUCGCACCCACCAAGCUCGCCCCAAAAACCAACACCGACACUCUCAACGUGCGGGUGAUCACAGUAGCGCUUGCACAGAGCAAAGAGGCUGCCCCUAUCUUGAGCGUGCCAGUCUCUGCCACUAUCAAGCAGCUGCACGAGCUCAUCGCAGAGCAUCUCCAAGUCCGUGGCGACUACACCAACGAAGAUGACGGCAACGAAUGCAACUGUAACCUUUCUCGUCAACUCGCCGACACCGCCUGCGGACCGUCGAGCUUCCUGGUUAUUCAUGGCAAGAGCGCAGUCGAACGUCUCGAUUUGGCCACUGCGUCCGAAGAUGCGCUCAAGGCCACCCUUCGGCAGCGCUUCGGGCAAUACUACGAAUCGGCCAAGAAAGCUCACUUUUUCGGGGCUGAGAUGCACGCUGAGAACAUUACCGCUUACACAAAGCCUCCAGUGGUUGCGAUCUGCAGCAAGCUUCGACACACACCUGCUCAUGCUCGAGUGCUCGAGGACGGUGAGCAAACCUCCCAAUCUCGAUCGCACGUCAUGGAUCUCCAUACCUACGAGGCUCCUAUACAUUCUGGUUGCAUGCACGUCACAAUUGAGGAGUCAGGCCUUGCUGCUCUGGUAAUUGAUGGCGCCAUCGAUAUCUUCCCAAUUAUGAGAAGUACCACAGAAAAGAUGAACUUGCCUCCACGUGGCAGGGAUAGUAUCUAUCGUGCUCAGCCACAUUGGGAGCCACCAACGGUGCAGGGUGAUCGUGCCAUGGCUAUGUUCCUGUCCUCCUUGAGAGUCUUUACAUCGAUGGUCGAGGAGCAUGAGCCAGCCCAGAAGGAUGCGACACUUCAUACCUUCCAUCUACUCACACAGCAUCCGCCAGCUGUCCGCGCUCUUCACGUGCUGAUUCAUGGCAAGACGCCAACUCUGGCAGAGUGCGCUGCUCUCUCCCACGGCUUCUAUGAAGUCCUGGACCGCAUCAUCCCGACUGCUCUGAUUGAAGUUGAGCAGGGCACCCCUUAUCUGACCGCUUUGCACGAGCUUGAUUUGAGCGACCGCAGGACGGGUGAGGCAGUCAUGCACGUUUUACAGGCUGGCCCCAGCAUUGUGGAGAGGGCGCUAUCCGAUGGGCUUGCGUCUGGAGGCGUCCUGGGGGAAAUCGGUCCUCAGCACUUACGUACCGAGGUUGCUGAAGCCAAUUCAGACAUUCGCCGAGUUGCAGUGCUGACCGCUGGCUCCACUGCACAACUUCUGACGUUCUCACGGGCUGUGCUUACCGACAAGAUUUCCUACCCAGAUAAUGGCGAUGUCGACGCGGCAUGGGACCCUGCAGAGCUCUCAGAAAUGCAGCAUCUGGCUGAGAUGUGUAGCCGCAACGACAUGAAGCUGGCCGUCCACAAGCCAAGUCAGCUUGCCGGCGCCGUGGCUCCCUGCUUGACCUUUGAUCGCAAGGCAGACUUGGCUGUAUACACCGGUCAAGAGGCUUGUUCUGCCGAUCCAUCAAAAGCUAGUCUCAUAUUCCGCCCGCUAUCCGGUAUCGCGCGUAUAGAUACCGCCGUCAUUGAGCAGCUCAUAAGCACAAUACUCAAGCAGCAUGAAGCUGAUGGGACUGCUAUCUUCGAUGCUCUUGGCGGCGCUGCUGUGCGUCGGUUGCAAACUCCAGACGAGCUUCUCAUGUUCGUCGUCGACACAAGUGCGAGUAUGCGGGACGCUACCGACUUCAAUGAAGUCAACGACGAUGACAUCCUUAUGAGCCAGCCUUUGACCGCUACGGAAUUGACUGAGCCACGAUACUACAACAAGGCGACCUUCGAAGAGAUGAAAGAGCUUCUUUGCAAACACGAGAGCUUUCCAGAUAUGGCUGCCAUUGUUGCCGAAGUCGACCCAUAUGAGUACGAUCAAGAAGUCAGCAGGACUACGGCGAGUGAGAUCAUCAAUCUUCUCCGUGCGACCUUGGGCCAUGAAAUCGUGCGGAAGCAUAAGGACUACGAGAAAAAUCAGGAGCGUGCGCGUAUCAUUCGGUACUACAGGCACUCAAUGCAGGAAGCAGAGAAGAAGCUCGCAGCUCUCAAAAUAUUCUAUGCUGGAUUGCAGACGCACGAGGAAGCUAUAACAGAAUUCCUGCUCUUCCGCGCUGAGACGCUCGAAAGUAACUCGCCAUCGCAGCGAUGGACUUGGUCGCUAGGAGAUACGAUCCCCGCGAACCAGCACAAUCGGAUCCUGCCACUACCUGCCGCGAUCACAGAUCUUCCCCAUGACGUUAUGUGCCCAAUCUCGCACACGUUGAUGGAGGAUGCAGUCACCGUGUUGGCCGAUGGCCAUACCUACUCUCGCAACGCAUUGGAGAUUGGAGACGUGGUUCGAAAUCUCUGA